AUGUCCGCCUCAAACCUCCUACGGGUGCACAACAUCCCCGAGUCCUCCACUACGGUGGAUGUCAGUGUUAUCGAUACGGACACCACCGUUCACCUGAACCCCGAACUGUUCUGGCGACCAAAAGUCGACGGCUUCACCGGCCUCCACGCCCCAAUCUACUGUUUCCUGGUGUCGAACCGCAGAACUGGGGAGAAUGUUCUCUUUGACCUUGGAACGCGACCUGAUUGGCGUAACUAUGCCCCCAAGACGGUGGACCUGAUAUCCGCCACAACGAUUGUAAAACCGGGAACUGAUGUGCCCACCAUGCUGGAUGAGGCGGCCCACAGCGGCGACACGAAUGUUAGUAGGGCCGACGUUUCCGCCGUGAUAUGGUCCCACAAUCACUUUGACCACAUCGGCGAUGUGACUCGCUUCCCCACAAGCACGGCGCUGGUAGUUGGACCCGGUGUCCGUGACGUGACGUGGCCGGGCUGGCCCACGCGUGCGGACGCUAUCGUUCUGGACGCAGAUAUCGAGGGCCGUGAGGUGAUCGAGAUCGCCUUUGACAAGGGCUUGAAGAUCGGGCGGUCUUUUCCUUGGGGCUCUUUACGCCGCCACAAUGUAUUGGGUCACACCGUUAUUAAUUGA